AUGGCCAUGGCGGCAUCGAAUGAUCCACAUGUUCGCGUGUCAUCGAGUUGCGCGUAUGUGAAGCAGGCACCUGCGCCGGAGACCUCAACGGAUGCCAACUGCAGUGCGAUCACAAGAGGCAGUGGGGUGACGCCUGGCCGGGGUCGACGCUACACGCACAACCCAUACGCGUCGCAGUCAGCGACCCCUUCGUGCAGCUCCGCAAACACCUCACGGCAGAGGAACUCCUCUAACAACACUAGCUGCGAUAGCUCCAUCCAGUUUUACAACAGUUGCGUCACACGGGAUAACGGUGGGGCGGAAGUGUUUCACGUGAACAGCAGCUUACUGGAGCAAUUUCUCGCUGUUGUGGGGGACAUACCGAGGACGGCGUGCACGCUGACUGGCCGCCAUCUCCUGGUCUCCGUCCUCCGGCUGCAGCACAUGGACAAGCUGCAGAUUAUUAUUGACGAGCUCCUUCCGCAGCUCAACAUUGUUGCACUUGACCCGCAGGGGUGUCACGUUGUACGCACCCUCUUUGAAAUUGCCCCGACGGAGCUGAUGGAAACGGUUCUGCCACACUUCGCACCGGAGACCGUAAUUGAAUUGGCAGUCAGCUCGCAGCACACUCGCCGCGUUCUGCAAAGCAUCUUUGAGCGCCACAAGAGCGAAUCUCUCACACCAAUUGUGACAACGAUUGCACAAAACAGCCAGCGACUGGCAGUGUCGCAACAGGGGUGCAUCGCGGUCAUAAGCACCAUUGAAAAUUCACUUCCACACCAGCAGCGGUCUAUUAUCUCGAUGCUACUUCCAGUGCUGCCAAGCCUCACGAUGAACUGCUAUGGCAACUACGUGGUGCAGUGUCUUCUGCAACACAUGGACCACGACGCUCUCGUAUCAGUGGUGUGCAACGCCUUUGCGGGGCAUUGGUUGAUGCUCUCACGCAACAAAUUUGCAUCCAAUGUCAUUGAAAAAGUUGUGUGGCAACUCGACGGGGCAGCCCGCAGGGAACUGGUGAAUGAGCUCGUCAUGGACACCAGUAAUCUCAGGCCACUUAUGCAGGACGGGUUUGGUAACUUUGUCCUACAGGCGAUCAUUGACUCGUCCAGUGGUGGGGAGGAGUUCCGCGAGAUCUCCAGCCGUGUGAGGCCGCUGCUGCACACCAGCCCGUACGGCCACAAGAUCGGGAACACACUGCAUGGCGGGUAUGUGCGCUCGCGGCGGGUAGUAUCGGGCCGGCAAGCCGGUCGUAGUGCGGCUCCGCUAAUAGACGAAUGA